AUUAACUGCACUACCGGGGAGUGAAUUCUUAAUUGGUCUCACGUUUCGACUAGCUUGCUCUAGUCAUCGUCAACAAGCAGGGUUAAGAAACCUGUAGAGCGUUUAAGAAGUCAUCAGUCAAACUGAAAGUUGUGUUUAUCUGCAUCAAUGUGGGGAUCUUCAGUGUCUUUCUGUCCAGCGACUUUCUUCAGUGAAUCGUGAUGAGAAGGCAGCAAUGGCAAACAGUCAGCAACAAGUCUGUGACAUUGCAAUGAAUAUAACAACCAUGGAGGAGGUUCAUGAAGCAUUAAACGAUGCUGGAGAUAGAUUUGCAAUCUACAUUAUCUACCCAUUCCUGAUGAUACUUGGUAUCAUUACCAAUGGUGCUUUCUGUAUUGUGCUAGCUCGGGUCCCACGUAUGCGCACUAUCACCAACACCUACCUAGUCAACUUAGCUGUUGCCGACUUAACAUUCUUGAUUGUCGCCGUCAGUGAGAAACUUUUCAACAAUUGGGUCUCUCAAAUCCCUGCUGAUAAGACUCAUAUUGGACUACCUGGCUGCAUUGUCAUACCAUUUAUAUUGAACUGUACUUACUUCACCUCAAUUUUUACAAUAACUCUGGUUUCUGUGGAGAAGUUCUACGCCAUCUGCAGACCUUUAGAGCACCGGAAGUUUAGCGGUAAAAAACGGACAAUGAAGUUAAUUGUUGGCGCUUGGAUUCUAUCUGCGAUAAUCUCAUGCUGCUUCAUCCCAGGUAGAGCAAGGCUGGAAGUGGUAUGCAUGAAUUGGCCAGAAAAGGCACCCAAAUUGCCAAGCAAAGUUACCUACUGUUUGGCAAUUAGAGUUUGGAAAGGAUUUGAGCACGUUGCCAACUUUCUGCAGACUAUACCUUUCUUCAUUGCUAUGGUAGUCAACACAAUUCUCUACACGCAGAUUCUGAGGACCAUGCACAGGCGAGUUGGUGCUCGCUCACAACUUGCUGAAGCUAGGCUGGUGCAAAUGCGUAAUCAAGUGGCAACGAUGUUAGUUGCAAAUGGGAUCGUCUUCUUCAUUUGUCAGAUGCUCUUUCAAGCUCUUUCUAUCUCACUCUCUUUCCGGCAUCUAAAAGAACCUCUUCUGGCUGAUUGGCAAGUUCAAAAAGCUCUUGUUGUUGCUAGAAUCUUUUCAUAUGCUAAUUCUGCUGUCAACUCCAUAGUAUAUAACAUUUUCAGCUCGCGCUAUCGGCAAGCAUUUAAGGAAACUUUCUGCUGGAGAAAACAGCGUAAAAUCUUGCCAAUGCUUGAGCUGGAAUUAACUCGACAAACUAGAUGAAAAGAAACGCAACAGGUCAAAGAUUUGCUAUAAAUUUAACAUCAAAAGUAUAUUAACAUCUGCUGUAUAAUGUUCCUUUCUUGUGGAAUUAUUGUCAUUGAAUUAUAGUCCAAGAUAUGUACAUCUUUGCUGGUUUUGUUACAACUCUUUGAGUGAGAAAAGAAAUUUUUUAAAAUCUGUUGAUAUUUAUUUAGGUUCCUGAAUG